UCUUUCCAUUUGCUAAUUGAUUCACUAUAAAAAGCGUCCAAAAUACCUCGUAUCAACCACAACCAAACUCUAUUGUAGAACUAUAAAGUAGACGAAUUAAAGUUCCUUAGGCAAUAUCAUGGCACUGGAAGAUGCAAGAAAUGGUGAUUACGCAGUAAGUAUCAUCAGAAAAUCAGUAGUAAAAGCCACUGGUCCAAUUCCAGAGCCUCGUAUUCUCACCCUUUCAAACCUUGACCUUCUCAGUGGACGAUUUCCAGUGACCUACUUUUACGUCUACCACAAAGCAAAACAUAACGACUCAUCAGCUUCAGUCGCUGAUGAAUUAAAAAAUUCCCUUGCUAAUUGCCUCUCCCAUUUCUACCCAUUUGCUGGUCGAAUUAUUCCAAAUCCAGAAACAAAUGAGCCUGAAAUUCUCUGUGAUAAUACCGGUGCUCUAUUUUUGGUAGCACAAGCCAGCAUUUCACUAAAUCAGCUUGACUUCUACAAUCUCAACAAGUGUCUAGAGGGAAAAUUAGUUCCAAUACAUGAGGAGUUUCCAGUACAAGUCCAACUCACAAAUUACGAAUGUGGAGGCAUAUUUAUAACAUUCACAUUUGAUCAUGCUUUAGGUGAUGCUAGUUCCUUUACGAAGUUUUUACUAAUGUGGUCAGAGAUUGCAAGGAAAAAACCGCUCUCUUUCUCGCCUGACCACCGACGGUACCUUCUUCGUGCUCGGUACCCACCUAUAUACAACCGUUCCUUUGACAAAUCGUUUAUUUCAUGCUCUCUUCACGAUAUACUCCACAUAUCGACCCCGAGUACAUUGCUUAAGCGGUUAUACUACAUUGAUGCGUCGAAUAUCGACAGGUUGCAAAAAUUGGCUUCACUCGAUGGUACCAAAAGGACUAAAAUCGAGGCGUUCUCGGCUUACAUAUGGAAGAUUAUGGUCAAGGCAAUUGAUAAAGGACACAGCAAGAAGUGCAAGAUGGGAUGGUUAGUUGAUGGAAGAACAAGGAUAUGUAACACUGAGAAAGUAAUGGAGAAUUAUAUUGGGAAUGCUUUAUCUAUAGCUGUUGGUGAAGCAAGUGUCAAUGAAAUUGAGCAAGCAUCUAUAGCAAAUGUCGCGAAUAACGUGCACAACGCCAUCUCUAAAGUGACAAGUGCAGAACAUUUCUUAGAUUUAAUUGAUUGGAUUGAAUGUAACAAGCCGGGAUUGGUGCUCGCGAAAAUUGUCCUCGGCCAAGGUGGUCCAGCGAUUGUUGUCUCAUCUGGACGGAGGUUCCCGGUGGCUGAAGUAGAUUUUGGCUUCGGAAGUCCAGUUGUAGGAACAGUAUACUCCACCAUACAAAAGCUUGGAGUUGGUUACAUUAACCAAAGGCCAGGUGCUAAGGGUGAUGGAUCUUGGACUAUCUCAGCUAUCUUGUGGCCUGAGAUGAUUGAGGCAUUAGAAUCAGAUUCAGAGCAUGUUUUUCAACCUAUGACUUCAAAUCAUCUUAAACUUCUUUAGCUAGUAGCCUCUGGUAUAUACAAAGAGGAAAUUGUUGGUACAAAGAAAUUAUUGUACACUCUCCGCUUCAAUUUAGUUGAGGUAGUUUGACUUGACACAAAGUUUAAGAAAACAAAAGAAA